AUGGGUGGGGAACAUAUAAUUGAGGAAGACUAUAUGUGCGAUGAACUUGACCAUGGGGAAAAUGACAAAAGUUGUGAUGAUAGGCCUAGUAUAAUUAGAUUCAAUGAAGAAGAUGAUCUUAGUAAGGAUUUUACUUUCAAGGUUGGAAUGAAGUUUUCCUCAUUGAAUCAAUUCAAGAAUGCCAUUUUAGAGCAUAAUGUCUUGAAUGGUAGAGAAUUAUCUUACGGGAAGCUUUGUGGUGGACUUGGCAAAACAAUCAUGCUCAUGUAA